GGGAGGGGGCGCUCUGGGCCUUGAAAUCCAAAGGACGCUGCGCGCCCUGCUUCAGUUGAGUGAGUUGGAGGUGCACGGCGCACAGGAGUCUGCUGGUUUGGUUUCGGGUCCGACUCUCCAAAGUUUCCACGUUUCUCUCUCCCUCUGGAUGAACCCUGAGCGCGCGAACACGGCGGUGAUCAGUGGGAGGAAAAGCGAUGGCCUGCAGGGCGAACUGGCACAGACUGCUUUUAUCAAAGUUAUCACUUUUGUAGACACAGGUUCGGAAGAGCGCGCCCAGCUCAGCUCUGAGACCCAGCGACAGGUCACUUCUUCUGCGACGCCUGCUGAGUCCUCCCCGCUCCAGCAGCCUUGUCCCGGCCGUAGGCACGCCGACACACAACCCCGGACACCCAGCACCAUUCAGCGCGUAGCUCCUUUGCCAGACAUGCCCUGUGUGCAGGCUCAGUACGGGCCGGCCCCUCCAGGCUCUGCCUACUCUGGCCAGUCCUUCAGUUACCAGGGCGACAGUUACAGCUCUGACCUAAUGACCCCUGACUACACCAAGCUGGACCUGGGUGGGAGUGAAAUCUCCGCUGCUGCCACCACUUCCCUCCCCAGCUUCAAUGUCUUUGUGGAGGGAAGCUACGAGCCCAAGUCUUCUUGUCUCUACCAGAUGCCUACACACAGGCCCACCAUUAAAAAAGAGGAGGACAGCUACCCGACGGCUCCACCACUGGACGCCCUGUCCUCCUCUACUAUGUACUUUAAACAGUCUCCCCCCUCCACUCCCACGACACCAUCUCUGCCUCCCCAGCCUGGCUCCUCUUUUCUGUGGGAGGAGCACUCCCUGCCUCCACCGUCACAUCCCCACUCACUGGGCUCUAGCCUGGAGACGGGGCCCCUCAAGUCUCCCCGUUUUUCUCACUUCUACCAGCAUUCGCCACCACACAGUGGAGGCAGCGUCAGCGGCUAUGAAAGUCUGGGAGGAGGCCUGGUGCGAACCUCCUCUUCUUCCUCCUCCUCUUCAUCCUCAAUCUCUCAUCCUCAUGGUCCACCUCUGGAGCAGCCCAUGUACCAGCUGCACCGUGGGGCCGGGGGCAGCAGCCUGGCCUUCCGCUCCCUGGCUCUCGGGCCCUGUGGCCCCCUACUAGGAGACAACCUGCCCUCUCCCCCUCCACGUGGCCCUCAAGGAGAAGGCACCUGUGCAGUGUGUGGGGACAAUGCUGCCUGCCAGCACUACGGUGUACGCACUUGUGAGGGCUGCAAAGGCUUCUUUAAGGUAAAAGCACUUUAA